GGAUUAAUUGUGUUUCUUUUUUYCCCCCCGCAGGUUUUCUAGAUGUAAGAAUAAAAAAGCAAUUGGUUCAAAUCGCUCCUCGAUGUAACCAGACUGCUCGAAGUCUUAUUUACCUCCACAAAAGAAAUCCCUCAAACUCGCUGACGUAUCAGCAUCUUAACUUUCUGAAACGACAGUAUGUUACCAAAACCAGCAGUGGACUUCAGCAGCGCGCGGUCCCCAAGCACGACCCGACCGUUGUUGAUGAAAGAGAUGCCAGAGUUGAAAGACAGGUGGAGAGAAUACCGGCGAUUAAUGCUGAGCUCGCAGCAGUCGCCCCACUGUCGGAGGAUGUAAGGCGUGAAACACAACCUGGAAACCUCCCUGCAAAGCCUGCUACGCAAAGUGUGACAACUCCAAAAGGUUCUGCGUCCCAUCUUGCUGCAACCACAGAUGAGCCUCCGCACGUUCAAGUGGAGACGGAGGAGGCGAGGCAGGCCCGUCUCGACAGACAGUGGAAGCCGCUCAAAGUCGAUGCGAGUGACCUACCAGAUGUCUACGCUAGACUUGCUAAAAUCAAACUUACAGCUCUGGUGGCAACAACUGCAGCAGCCGGUUUUGCAAUGGCUCCUGUCCCUUUUGAUCCCAUCUUGUUUUUYGUGUCUUCUCUGGGAACAGGCCUGGCAUCCUGUGCUGCCAAUUCCAUUAACCAG